UGUGUUAAACAUCAGAGAGAGGUGUGUGGACGUUUGGUUUCCCUGGUAGAUCUGCCUGCCUUGUAUGGAAAACCUCAGAAGGAAGUGAUGGAAAAAUCACUUAGAUGUAUCUCCCUCUGUGAUCCUGAGGGUGUCCAUGCCUUCAUCCUGAUCCUACCCGUGGGUCCCCUCAGUGAUGAAGAUAAGGGAGAGUUAGAGACCAUACAGAAGACAUUCAGCUCUAAAGUUGAUGACUUCACCAUGAUUCUGUUCACUGUGGACUCAGAUCCUACAGCUCCAGCUGUUGUGAAGUUUCUAAUGGAAGACAAGCAAAUCCAUGAUCUCUGUGAGAGCUGUGGAGGAAGAUUUGUUGUUCUCAACAUGAAGGACAAGAAAAAUGUUUUAAGCAGUGUAGAAAAAAUUACUCAGAAAAAAGGCAAAUUGUGCAGCUACACAACUGAAACAUUUACAUAUGCACAAAUAGAAAAGAUCAUAGAAAAAGAGAAACAGAUCGCUGAUUUGGAGGGUGAACUUAACGACCUGAAAACAAAGACUACAGUAAGCUAUGAUGAAGAGAUUAAGAGUCCAGACUGUCUCAGGAUUGUGCUGAUUGGAAAGACUGGCUGUGGAAAAAGCACUUCAGGAAACACCAUUCUCGGAAGAAAAGAGUUUAUAUCAGAAACAUGUUCAACCUCAGUCACAAAAUUUUGUCAGAAAGCACACAGUGAAAUAGAUGGUCGUCCUGUUGUUGUGGUCGACACUCCUGGAUUGUUUGACAGCAGUUUGACCUAUGAAGAGGUUAAUGACGAGAUCACAAAAUGUAUCAGUCUUCUGGCUCCAGGACCACAUGUCUUCCUACUGGUUAUACAGAUUGGCAGAUUCACACCAGAAGAGAAGGCAACACUGGAACUCAUCAAAAAGGUAUUUGGAAAAAAUUCUGAGAAGUUCACCAUUGUUCUUUUCACAAGAGGAGAUUCACUGGAACACGAGGAAAUGACAAUAGAAGAUUACACACAAAAAAAAUGUGAUCAUUCCUUGAAGAAGCUGAUCUCUGACUGUGGAGGAAGAUACCAUGUGUUCAAUAAUUAUAAUAAGCAAAGUCACUCACAAGUGAAUGAGCUGAUCACAAAAAUUGACAACAUGGUGAAGAAAAAUGGAGGUAGCUGCUUCACCAAUGCGAUGCUGCAAGACGCUGAAAAAAUUAAAGAAACUGAGCUGAGGAUUUUGCUCGUUGGGAAAACUGGAACAGGAAAGAGUGCAGCAGGAAACACUAUCUUGGGGAGAAAUGCUUUUGAAUCUCGUCCAUCUUUCUCUUCUGUUACAACAGCCUGUGAGAAGAAAGAAAUUGUUGUCUGCCGUCAAACAGUGGCUGUGAUUGAUACUCCAGGUCUGUUUGACACCAGAAUGUCAAAUGACGAGGUGUUUGCAGAGAUCGCUACGUGCAUCUCCUUUGCUGCUCCUGGUCCUCAAGUGUUCCUGGUUGUGCUGCAGGUCAACAGAUUCACAGCAGAAGAACAAAGAACUGUAGAAAUCAUUCAGGAGAUGUUUGGAGAGAAAGCAAAAAAUUACACUAUGGUCUUGUUCACACAUGGAGACUUGUUGGGAGAAAACAGCAUAGAAGAAUUAAUGAGUGAAAAUAAGCAAGUUAGAGAACUCAUUAAUCAAUGCUCUGGAGGAUAUCAUGUUUUUAACAACAGAGAUGGAGGUCAAUCGCAAGUCCGAGAACUGCUGACGAAAAUCAAUGCAAUGGUUCAGAGAAAUGGAAGAAAAUACUACACCAGCAGUAUGUUCAAAGAUGCCCAGAAAGCAAAAAGAGAAGAACUGAGGGUGGUGCUGGUGGGUCAGGAGAGAGUUGGGAAGAGCUCAACAGGAAACACCAUCCUGGGCAAGAAGGAGUUUAACUGUAGGAUCAGUUUGAGCCCUCUGACUUUGAGCAGUAAGAAGAGAGAAGCUGAUGUUCUGGGUCAAAGAGUCUCUGUGGUAGAUACCCCUGGACUUGUCAGCACUCGGCUGUCUGCACAGGAGGUGAAAGCAGAGCUGGAAAAAGCUCUCCAGCUGAGUUCUCCAGGUCCUCAUGUUUUCAUCCUCGUCCUCCAGCUUGGACGAUUCACCCCACAGGAGCAGGAAGGACUGAAAGCUCUGCAGAAGAUGCUGGGCACUGAUGUCUCCAAACACACCAUGCUGCUGUUCACCUACGGAGACCGACUGGAAAACACCGACAUUGACAUGGAAAUGUUCACCAAAGAGGACGAGAACAUCCAGCAGUUGCUGAAGAGCUGCAGCGGUGUGUACCAUGUGUUCAACAACAACAUGGAAAACAGGGAUCAGGUCCAAAAGCUGCUGGAGAAGAUAAAUGACAUCUGUGAGGGAGGACAGUUGUACUAUGAGAGGUCUCAGUCAGAGGGAGUCCAUCCAGCAGAGCUGUCGUCCUCCUCACAGCUCAGAGACACAAAGUCUCCUUUAAACAAGAGAGCUGCUGGGACUCACAGCUUGAAAAAGAUCAAUGUGAAGCCUGCAAAGAACAUCCGUCUGGACUGUCAGGGUCCUAAAAAUGCCAACAUUACACUGUUGGAGUGGAAGAGACACGAUCUGCUGUCGGAUGGAUACGUCUUCUUCUACCGAGAUGGUCGUCUGCAUAAAACCUUCCAGCAUCCGAUUUUUAAAGACCGGGUGGAACUGAGUGAUCCCCAGAUGAAAAAUGGGAACAUGUCCAUCAUUUUGUACAACACCACCGUUAAUGACACUGGAACAUAUGAGUGUCGUAUGAUCAUGGGAAACACUUGGCAUAGAGGCAGAGGUACCUCAGAGAUCAAGCAUCGAAUCAGGCUCAAGGUUAGAACAAAAGCCCGCAAGAAUAUCACAGCUGAGUCUGGACAUAACGUCAGUCUGACAUGUCAAGCUCCAAACAACAACUUCAAAGCUCUUGAGUGGAGCAGAGCUGAGCUGAGAGAUGAAAAUGUUCUAUUGUACUGGGAUGGGAACUUUGAGUCAUUCAACCAGCAUCCAUCUUUUAAGGGCCGAGUGGAUCUGCAGAUGAAAGAUGGAGAUGUGUCUUUGAUUCUGAAGAAUGUGAAGAUUAAUGACACUGGAACAUACGAGUGUCGUGUCAUCAGGAAAAGACCAAACCACGGGCGGACUUCUCACUUGAAGACUGAGCCCAUUUGCAUCAUCAACCUGAGGGUUGUUGAUCCUCCAGGUCAGCCAGGAGGAGACACAGAGGAUGGAGGGAAGGAGGAUGGAAUCAGAAAUCUGGGACACAUGUCUGCACCAAUUAUGUUCUCCCCCUCCUUGAGCUACCACCUUAUCAAGGGGGAGGGGUUUAUAGCUCAGAUGAUCCUGGGAGCUGAGUUGUCUGAAGCAUUGAUCUACUGGUAUGACAAACAGGUAUCAGGGGAUGAGCCAGACUAA